AUGUUACAACCACCAACUGUUGAUGAUUUUAAACUUGUUUAUAACUUAGUUGAAUUAGAAUUAGAAGAUUAUGAAGAAAAUGAAUUAAAACAGAAAGACCUUAGAACUUGUUUUGAAAAAGUAGGAUUUAAACAUUUUUUUGAGAGAUAUUUUAAAUUAAAAGCUUUAGAAGAACGUAAGCUUGAACUUUUUGUAAAAUUACAAUUAACAUCAUUUGAAAUUAGUAAUGAAAAAGAAAAAAAUAAAAUAUAA